AUGGAACAUACAUUUUUUUGGGAUUCUAAAAUUUACGAUUUUACACCAAUGUUGAGAACACCACCAGAUGGUUCUUUGAAAUUUAUGUACAAUGAAAAUAAUAGACUUGUAUAUGAUUAUGACAAACAAGAAUUUUCUGGUGUGUCGUUCCAAAUUAAAAUUGAAACUAUAAGACCAAAAUUAGCUCAACUCUCUUUUAUAAAGUUAAAUUCAAGAAUUAGUAUUCCUCCUGGAAUUAUUUUUUAUGACAAAACAAAUAAUCAAAAUGAAACACCUAUGCCUGGUUCAAAUAUAUUUCCUUUACAACAUGGUUGCGAAUACCAUUUACAUUAUGAUACAAAUUCUAAUAGACGAAAAAAUGCUAAUAAAUUCUGUACAAUAUUAUGUAAAAACAAAGAUACUUUUUUUAUUUACAAUCUUAAAAAAAGAGAUGUGUUAAAUGAAGAAAGAGAAAGACGUGAAAGAGAAAGAGAACAAAUAAGAAAUGAAGAACGUGUGCGUGCUCAGUUAGAAGAAAGAGAAAGAAGAGAACGUGAAGAAUUGGCAUUGGAAUUUGCUAAUUGUUUAGAUGAAGAAUUAUCUGAUUAA